AUCAUAUUAGUAGUCAACUUAAGUCUCUUGAGCUUAUAGUAUUCCAUUUUUAUAACAUAAUUUAUUUGAAAAAGUUUGUCAAAUUCUCUCUUCAGUUGAGUUGACGGACGGAUACUUGCAUGGGAAAUACUUGUCCUUUCACUGUCAUUUUGUAUGUUUGUAUUCCCUUACAGAGCUCAUGGAUUUCAUACGAGAUCACUCUCCUUCUACUCCAAUCUCAUACACCGUUCUCUUUCACUCAAAUCAUUCAAAUUAGCCAAAUUCCUCCAUGCCCAGUUGAUCAAAGUCGGUUUUAAUCGCCACACGUUUCUGGGUAAUCGCUGCACUGAUCUUUAUUCCAAUCUCGGUGCACUUAAUGAUUCUCUACAGGCUUUUGAUGAAAUACGGGACAAGAAUAUCGUAUCUUGGAAUAUUUGCUUGAAGGCUUUGGUCAAACAUGGCUACCUUGAUCGUGCAUGCCUCCUGUUCGACAAAAUGUCUGAAAGAGAUGUUGUAAGCUGGAAUACUGUUAUUUCGGGAUAUGCUUCUAGAGGGUAUUCUGAUUAUGUAUUUGUACUAUUAAGGAAAAUGCGUUAUGACGGAUGUUGGCCGGAUGGAUUUACUUACUCAAUUCUGAUGUCUGCUUCUAGUUGGACGUCUUUCAGUGCGAAACAGAUACACGCGAGUAUGAUUAGGAAUGAGAUUGAUGUGUCUCAACUGAUAGUUGGAAAUUCAUUGAUUGAUAUGUAUGGAAAAGUUGGGCUUUUAGAUUAUGCGCUUUCUGUCAUUGCGGCCAUGAAGAUUAUCGACUUGGUGUCCUGGAACAGUUUGAUUUAUGGAUGCUGGAAUUCUGGUUAUGGAGAAUUGGCUUUUGAUCAGUUCUUUUCAAUGAUGGAUUUUGGUUAUUCACCUGAUGCCUAUACCUUAUCAAUGAUGGCUCAUAUCUGCAAUGGAUUGCGAGAUUUGGAAAAAGGUAAGAAAUUCUUUGCUUUCUGCAUCAAGUUGGGUCUGCUUUCAAACGCCAUUGUUUCAAGUGCCGUUAUUUACUUAUUCUCAAAAUGUAACAGAUUUGAUGAUUCGAUUCAUCUGUUUACAGACAUUAACACUUUGGACAAAAACCCUAUUGUUUCCCAUUCCAUAAUUUCAAGCUACUGCAGGCAUGGAUUUGGUGAGAAUGCCUGGCAAAUCUUUGUCAUGAAUUUGAGAGACAAUGUAAUGCCAUCAGAGUUUACAUUGAGUACCCUUUUGAGUUUAUCUCCAACCUUAAAUAUGUCAUCAAAUCACUGGAUUCAAAUCCAUUCCUUAGUUUUUAAAUUAGGUAUGGAAAACGAUUCCGUUGUUUCAACUUCGCUGGUUGAGAUGUAUUCUAAUCUUGGAUUAAUCGAUGAUGCCAAGAGACUCUUCGAGAAUAUAGCUGUCAAGGAUUUGAUUUGUUGGAACAUUAUGGUAUCGGGUUUGGCUUGUAACGGGAGAGUAACCGAAGCUUUGGAGACAUUCAGAGUCAUGAUUAAUACAGGUUUAUCGCCAGAUCAUAUAACUCUAGCCGGAGUUCUAUUAGCUUGCAGACACGGAGGAUUAUGCAACGAAGGGAUGGCAAUAUUUUCUUGCAUGGAAAAGGAAUUCGGAGUUUCACGUAGAGAGGAACAUUAUGUUUCUAUGGUGGAAAUAAUGUGUCGAGCUGGAAAGUACAAAACCGCAUUGGAAAUCGCAGAAGCAAUCCCAUAUGAGCCAACUCCUUCAAUAUGGGAACCAAUACUUGUUGCUUGUUGGGCUAACUUUGACUUGAGAAUAGCUGAAAGAGCAGCUGAGAGGAUGAUGAAGUAUGAACCGCAUUCGGCUCUGCCUUACUUGGUCUUGGCUCGGAUUUACGAGAGAAGGUGUAGAUGGGAAAACGUGAUACAGGUUAGGAAAGAUAUGAAAAGGAUGAGCAGAAAGUUGAUAAUUGGGUGCAGUUGGAUUGGGGUUAGAAAUCAUGUUGUUGAUUUCAGGGAAGAUGAUUCAUUUGUUUUGGAAAACAAAGAUGUGUAUUCCAUACUGAAGUUUCUGGCUUGGGGGACUUCAGAGGUUGAAGAUGGAUUAUCAUCAGUCUAUGAAAGUACCCAUCUUUGAAAUGGAUAUGAUUGCUUGUUUGUUCAUGACAUUAUUUCUUAUCAAUCUAUUUUAAAGAUUUUUUUUUUUGCAUA